AUGGAAGGUGAAAAGGUUACAGAAUCCUUCAAUGAAUGGGAACAAAUCCAGUGCCCAACAAGCCAAUCAAGAGAAUGGGAAAUGGUUGCUUUUGGAGACAAUAAGAACCAUAUUCAGGUUGACCUCUCCAUCUUCCCUCCAAGCAACCACGAAGGCCUUCAAAUCCCACAACCACCACCAGAAUCACAAACUACUCCUGGCCAACCAAGUUCAAGUGCUGUGUGCAAUGUGAAAGCUGAGGAAAUAGCAGGGGCUGACUCCAGGCCAAAAGCGGUGCGAAAUGGAAUCGGGAAGCUUUUGAGGUCUGGGGGAUUUUGGAUAGCUAGCAGAGUUCGUUAUUAUGUGAUGUACAGAGUUGGAUUUUGCUCAUUUGCCUCGCUUACUGUGUUGGUAGCAGCAGUCUUGCUAUUCUCCAGGUUGCAAAGGCGGCGUAAAUGGCUCCGGGAACAGAGGAAGGACCGUCUCAUCCAUCUUAUCAACGAGAAAGACCAGACUAUUGGCCAGCUCUUGCUCCAAAUUGCACAAUUGAAAGAAAUGCUAUUAGGCCGUCGCAAGGUUGCAGUCAUCCGGGUUGGUUGA